CAACAUUCUACGCAUUAUAGCUACAAAGUCUCUUUGCUUAUCCUCACAUAGCUAGUAGCUUUGUUCUUGGAUCUGUGAUCUUAAAGCUAUUCUCUAAGUUAAUUGUAGUAAUGGUUUCUUCUUCUUCUUCGUCUCGAAACUGGGAUCACAAUGUCUUUCCGAGCUUCCACGGGCCGGACGUACGCAAAGGCCUUCUCAGUCACCUUCUAGAGAAGUUUAAAAUCAAAGGAAUCCAAUCAUUCAUCGAUAACGAGAUCAGGAGAGGAGAAUCUAUCGGUCCUGAACUCAAACGUGCAAUCAAAGGAUCUAAGAUUGCACUCGUCUUGCUCUCCAAAAACUACGCUUCUUCGUCGUGGUGUCUUGAUGAAUUGGUGGAGAUCAUGAACAAAGAGUUGGGUCAAACUGUAAUGACCAUUUUCUAUGAUGUUGAUCCAACUGAAGUUAAGAAGCAGACCGGAGUUUUUGGGAAGGUCUUUGGAGAAACUUGUAAGGGAAAAACAGAGGAGAAGAUUGAUACGUGGAGAAAUGCUUUGGAGGGUGUAGCCACAAUCGCUGGUUACCAUUUAAGCAACUGGGAUACUGAAGCAACCAUGAUUGAAUACAUAGCCACUGAUAUUUCGAACAUCUUGAAUCUUGCUACACGAUCACAUGAUUUCGACGAUUUAAUUGGGAUAGGAGCUCAUAUGGAAAGGAUGGAACCAUUGCUACGCCUAGAUUGGGAUUUGUGGUCCUCCUGGGAUUGGUAAGACAACCAUUGCCAGAUUUCUGUUUGAACAAUAUUCUAAUAGUUUCCAGUUGAGAGCAAUCAUGGUCAAUAUUAAAGAAAGCUAUCGACAA